UAUUUUAUUUCUAACUUCGUUCAACGUCAAUCUAUUUAAUUGAGCAAUUUCGAGCAUGAAUUUGAACAAAGCCAGAAAUGAAAUGAUCACGAUGUCCGAGCAAGUGUGCAAGGAUGCGGAGCAGUGGCAAAGGGGGAUCCAGAAUGGUCAGGUGGCCAUGAGGCAAAUCAGGACCAUAAAUCUUAAGCUAUUCAGCACGGAGAAUAAGCUCAACAAUGCGGACUCCCGUAAGGAGCUGCAGAUCACGGAGAAACGAAUCAACCAGUUGUACCAACGCCUCCAACGUCCUCUCGCUACGAUAGACAAAAUCUUGAAGACCCUGACCGAGAUCAGGGACAACACUGCCAGGAUGUUAAGCCGCUUGACCCUAUUUUUGGACGACGAUACACUGGCGAAGCACAUGAUCACGCCCAAGCUCAAGAGUUCCAAGCUUCUGGUGGUGCUGCAGUUCCUGAGCCACCGUUACGAUGCCGAAUGGGAGGUCAAGGAGAUGGUCGUGAACGACCUGGAGAGCAUCAGCAACUCCUAUGAACUGGAUCUUGUGAUGGAUUGCUGGACCAUUUGCAGUCACGCAGGUGGUCCGGAGUUCUCCAACAUGAUGCGCGAAUAUUACCUGAUCAUUGAUCGCCGGCAACCUUUGGUGAAGUCUGUGUGA